AUGGCUUCUAGAGGUGAUAAAAGCAAUGGGAACGGCGAGGAGCAAAUUGUCGAGACCCUGGCGGAGGUGUUUCGAUGUUUCAUUUGUAUGGAGAAGCUUGUAGAUGCCCACCUCUGCCCUCAUUGUUCCAAAUUAUGUUGUUACGCUUGCGUGCGAAGGUGGCUAACUGAACAAAGGUCUCAGUGUCCGCACUGCCGCGCUGCUCUUCAUCUUCAUGAACUAGUCAACUGCCGAUGGGUGGAGGAAGUAACACAGCAAAUUGAAACUAUGCAACAGACCAACUCAGCAACUCAGAGAGAAAGCUACAGGGAUAGAUGUCCUUCCCACCAGGAGAAGCUAACUGUUUAUUGUUGGACUUGUCGACGUUGUAUUUGUCACCAAUGUGCUCUUUGGGGAGGUACACACUCGGGCCAUACUUUUAAACCCUUGGAGGAAGUUUAUGAACAACAUGUGACACAGAUCAGAGACGAAGCUUCUCAACUGAGACGGAGGCUGAUGGAACUGAUCAGUCUUGUUCAGGAUGUGGAACGGAAUGUGGAAUCAGUCCGUGCAGCAAAGGACGAGCGAGUUCGAGAAAUACGUAAUGCUGUUGAGCUGAUGAUAUCACGCUUAGAUUCCGCGCUCAAGGCGAAGCUAUUGACGCUGAUGGGCCAAAAGAAUAGCUUGACUCAAGAAACUGAACAGUUGGAGCAUCUGUUGCAAGAGGUGGAACAUCAGCUUCAUUCUAGUACAAGAUCUGAACUGAUAGCGAAAAGUGGCGAACUGUCGAAAAUGAUCCACCAGGUGCGGAAAAAGCCAAUGGCUAGUUUUGUUACUGCGCCAGUACCGGCCGAUUUUCAUAGUGAAAUCGUCCCGAGUUACGAUAGCAGCACCUUCCCGCUAACGAAAUUCACUCAACUGCAGCACGCGGCUGCCCCCGUCUAUUCUGCUCCUCUGCACGUACACGGGCUCUGCUGGAGGUUGAAGGUGUACCCAGAUGGAAACGGUGUAGUCAGGGGGAACUACCUCUCGGUGUUUUUGGAACUCAGCGCUGGUUUGCCGGAAACCUCAAAGUACGAAUACCGCGUGGAAAUGCUGCACCAAGUGUCCCGGGACCCGUCCAAGAACAUAGUUCGCGAGUUCGCAUCGGACUUCGAAGUGGGCGAGUGUUGGGGCUACAAUCGCUUUUUCCGCCUCGACUUGUUGGCUAGCGAGGGCUACCUUAAUCCAGAGACUGACUCCCUUAUACUAAGGUUCCAAGUUCGUCCGCCGACGUUCUAUCAACGUUGUCGUGACCAACAGUGGUAUAUUAACCAGUUGAUCUCAAUGCAGAACCAGUACAUUCUACAAAUCAAUGAUCUCAAAGAGCGUCUCAGUUUAGAGAUGUCUCGUAACUCAAUGUCAGCGACGCGGGCCACAUCGAACGGUUCCGUAGCGUCGCAGGGAAAUGCAGGCAAUAACGACGCAGAGGGCACUCAAAACAACCCAGUGGACGGAAGCAGUACCAGUGAACCGGCAGUCUUCUCCAACCAGUGGAAAUUCACUCCAGCGCACGGUAUCAUGAGUGGACAGCGUUUAAUGAGUCCCGGUAUCUUGAAUAACUCACUUUUCGAAGAGACUUGCGCGAGCGGCGUUUGUCGUAACAGCAUGACCACCGCGGAUGCGUGUUUUGGCGAUUACACUCAUCUCAAUCGCAGGAUGAAUCAGCACGCUUUGGACGCCUACAACCUUCCAUCCACCUCGAGGUCAACCAGCUCCGUGCGGUCGUGUGCUGAAGGACCGUCCGUAGCGGCGUUGCAUUGCGCGCUAAAUCAGCCGUCGAACGCACAGCGCUUGCGCAGGGAGCGUCCGGAGCGAGCCGACCGACCAGAUCGUCUACCUCCGCCGGAUAAAGACACACACCUUACUGCUGUUGCCAGUACACCAAUAACGGAGGCUUCAGGUGGCUGUGCCGGAGCCCUGUGCACUUCGAUAUCGUCCCCGGAAUUACACAGUGCAGCAAAACCUACACCAUCUGCAGCUUUAGCGCUCACUACUUCGGCGCAUAAUGCGCACGCGCAUUCCGAAUCUAGCAGCGAUACCGGGGAUAUAAUGUUCACCGAGUUGGAAGGUUUUGUAGACGAAGGCAACGCGCAUCAAAUCGAGGAAAACUCCAACGAAGAGAACGAUGUGGACGAAGAGACGAUGUCAGGGGAAAACGACAUCGAAGGUGCGGUGGGGAACAGCAGUAACAGCAACGAGGCGGAUAUACUAAGCCGAUUGUUGUGCGCGGUCCAUGGCCGCGGUGUGACGCCGGCCGGGAGCGACGGCAGUACGCCCGCGCAGUGCGUGCAAAGUGCUCGGAGUGACGAUCCGCAGCUCUCGACUGCUGCACACACGGAUAUGCUUCUAUUGAAUCUCAUGAAAAUUAAUGGGCUCACUCCAAAGUCUGCGAGAACUAGACACGGUCCAAAACGAAACUGGUCAUCUCGCACCCAAUCAGUUGAGGAAGUAGGGGAGCGCGGGCGCAGUGGGAUUGGCGCACCUGCGCGCACGCGGGUCACAGCCCGAGCUCGUCAAAACCACGUUGUGUCCCCCAUCGCACCCCUUUCGCCUCUCUCGCCUGGGCAGUUGCCAUCUGAGCACGGAUCAGUAUCGAGUCGUCUGCCAGCGGCGGCUGUGAGUCCGCCGAGCAGUCCCCGCGGCCGCUCGCUGCCCCACGACUACAGCUGGCCCACCGGGGACCUCAGCGACAACGAUGACGUGGAUGCCAUGCUGGGAUACAAUGAUACUCUAUUCGACAUGCUGCUGAACAGCCUAUCACUGGAAGGUUCCGGAUCGGGCGAGGAGGCCCCCCCGGUUCAGCCGUGGAGCCCGGCGCGGGAUCCACCGCAUCAUUCUCCACACGACUGA